AUGAGGGACGAGUCCAUCAGUGUCGAACUGUCGGAAGUUCUACCCAUCGAAGAAGCGUACGCUACCGGAGAGCACGCCGGCUUGUCGGCGUCCUCAAUCGAGGAUUUCUAUGGGGGCGAAGACCCUAUCGACGGCGACUGCGCCGUCGGGAGAUGUGUGGGACUGCUGACUCGUGAUGGCUCUCUUGAGUUGGACUCCCGUUACGGCUGCACCCCACCCUACGCUGGCUUCUGCGGCGUAGACUUCGCCCUUUCCGCCGACUUUGUGGACAAGAGCAUUCUGGGGGGAGUAAAAAUUGCGCUUCACCCUGAAAGCAUGAGCAAGCUCCGGGUGCUCGUGGACGGUGCCAUUAUCCUGGAGGAGUGGGACGCCGUCUCCGGGUCGUCGGAGCUGCAAGAAGUUCCCGGCCUUGAAGGUGUUGAAGGUGGGCGCCUCAGCAUCGAAGGCGUCGAGGGCGCCGGGGAUUAUCUCGCCAUCCUUGAGGUGGAGAUAUACAUCGUUGUUGACGAGGUGGAGCCUCUCGGCGUGUCAGCCAGCACCCGGGCGUCGAUCUCCGCCACCGCAACCACCAACAAUGCCUCGGCCAUCCUAACCUUGCCCAUCACACCCCUUUCCCCCGUUGUCUUCGGUGCUGGUUCUUCCCCCUCCGCCACCGCCGCCGCCGCCGCGGUCCCAGCAUUCUCUACCGACACCGACGCGGGCGGAAAGCUCAACGUCUUGGCCGCCGGCGAGUCCGGGAUGUUCUCCUAUGUGAGGUCGGGCCUCGAGGCCGGAGGCCGGCCGCUCGGGAGCGACGGCCUGCAGACCUUCGGCGGCGUGCUCGCCCUGGCUCGCUACGUCAAGAUUGAAGCCGUGCCCUCCGGUGAUGGCGGAGCGAUCGUGAUCAACGAGGUGGAACUCCGCGUCAGAGACGCUCCCGUGCGCCCUGUGUCCGAAAACGCUUGGCUCCAGCCCACCGGCAUGCUGCCGCUGGCGGCAGACACGGGCAGCUCCGGCCACCCAAACUACGACAACCGGGAGCCCACCGCCGGCGGUUGUGAUUCUCCAGCCCACUUCGAGGGAUGCCACGUGUAUUACAUCAAGGACGGCGACAUGUCAGACGACUCUCGAUGGACCUGCGGCCCUCUAGCGGCGGGGAACUUGGUCUCCAACAACGAGGAUUGCCACCUCAUGCUCAGCCUCAACUACUUCCGUUACGUCCGUCAAAUUCAGUUUGCAUUCCACAUGGGCGAUGAACAAUACAACGAGUUCAGCAUUGAGGCCAACACUGUCGACAAGGGUUGGGUGACGGUCGUUUCCUCUGCGAUCAGCUCCGGAGACUCCACGGACUAUCAGACGUUCAACGUUGAAGUUCACACCAACGAGAUUAGACUUGUGCCCGUAUUUCAACGUGUCGAUCAGUGGAUUGGCAUCAAGGAGAUGGUGAUCCUUGAGACAAAGAACACGAGCUUCAUUGACGGGACGCUUCCGGUGUUCGACUACAGCUAUUGGUUCCCACGUGGGUACGACGGCGACGACGAUAGCAGCGGUGACUCGGACGAAGACGUACCUACCCGGUUCGAGUUCCACAUGCCGAGGCCGGAAGACUACUUCCAGUUCAGAGUACCCCCCUCGACGGUGACAGCGGUGAAGCUAAGGUUCCCUUCCGACAGGCAGUUCGUCUUUAGAGUGAGCUACGACGAGGUCGAAACCGACGAGGAAAUCGUCGAGGAGUUCACCAGCGCCGGAGGACCCGACACCAUGGAAACGUUCACGUUGUCAGCGCCAGCCGAUGUCGAAAGUUUUGUGUACAUCACGGCCGUGAGCGGGCCGACGUUCGAGAGCCAACCAGAUUACCCGACCUUGAGGGUGAUCGACUUCCAGAUUGUGGGCGAGAUCAAAAAGGACCCCGGCCACUUCCAGGUUGUCACGACGACGAUGACAGUGUGGAGGGUAGUGCCGGACAUCAUCGGCGACGGGGUUUCCGAGCAGGAGGAGAUCAUGACGGCCAUCUGCGAGACCAAGGGGGCCGCCUUCGACGGCACGGACUGCGUCGGCGAGCUGGACGACUCUUCGGUCCACAUCAGCUUGAAGAACGGGCACUACUUUUUGGACGGGCCUGUUUUCUUGAAGAGCGGGGUGACUUUGUCGGGCGGGGACUACUCGUACAAUGAGCCCAGCAGAACAUAUCUCGUGCUACACAACCACACCAGCCUGGAAGACGCCGUGAUCGUGAUCGAUGGAGUGACCGGCGGCGAGGUGGAUUCUGUCUACAUCGAGCACAAGACGUCCAUGACAGGAGAUAUCACUCCCGGAACAUUAGGAAACCUUUGUUUGGACGUCCGGGGCUCACAGGACCUCAAGCUUGCUGAAAUCGACUGCCACCAGGCCCGCACGGGCGCCGCGCGAUUCGUCGACUCCAAGAACAUCUCGGUGUCCGUCAUCAGGGACGGCGAGUACGAGACGGGGAACUUCAUGGAGGUCACUGGUGUCGUCGACUUCCAUUUCGAGGGGAUUCCCGAAGUCGCGGGGCUGCGAAUCGAGGACAGCAACAACGUGGUUCUCCAGGGGGGAGCGUCAAACGUCUACGAAGUCCCAACACCGGUAUUCUUGCCCCCUACCGGUGGAGAUCAAGCGGCAAGCAUAGUGAUCACCGGUGCAUCGUCCGGAAUAGUUUUCCAUGACUGCUCGAUCUACGCUGGCGGUGACACCGCACCUGUCUUGAUGAUAUCGACGGAACCCCUCACCCUGGACAACAUCCUGGGGUACGAAGAAGCCGAGAGCGGGGACUGCAUCAUAGAAGUCCCACCGGAAAGCGGGGACGAUCUCAUCGUGCAACUGAACUCCUACGAGAUCCUGUCAAAGGACGGCGACUGCUGGGUGUGGGACUAGGUUGGAUGGAGCGGGCAGGACGUGCCGUGUGUGUGUGAGAGAGAGAGAGUGGAGAGAAUGACCCUACAUUCACAUGCAUAGUAGCCGGCGAGGACUAACCUACAGGAGAAUAUAUAGAAAAUAGACAGGAUCCCAACUCUCGAACCUGAGGGGUCGCCAUGCAUCUCGCCGCCGGUGUCAUGUCGUUGGGUAGGUGGUUUCGUACCCGGGGUAAGAAGGUGUUGCGAGGUACGCUUCCCGCUUGUUGUGAGCAGGAAUACAGCAGGCAGUGCUCGGGGAUGUGCGGAGGGGAUUUCGUGCUUGAUCGUCCUUAGCUGCUGCCCGAUGCACUGUUUGCAUGAACCACGCAGGUGUUUGUGUAUCGAUUCUAGUCAUGCAGGGUGAGAUCCGGUGGUGGGGUAGACUAAGGUAAGGCUAUCUCUAUCCCACUGAUGGGAUAGAUUGCGUUGUCUUCCCCACCAGCCGUGGCAGCACCUUUGUGUGAACCGUUCCGACUUUAUGAUGGGUCCAAGGACUGCCCUGCAACGCCAGAACAC